AUGGCGCCAGCGCCGACGUCCCCGAAGCCCACGCACAAUGUGCGGAUGAAGCCUGCGGAGGAGGAAGUUCAACUGGUAAUGCAGCGACUCGGCAUCGAAUCCGACGAGGCGCGCACUGCCCUGUCCAAGGGCCUUCCCAAAGGGUGGCUCGCAUGCCGCGCGGACGAUGGAGAAGCCUACUACCACCAGCCUAGCACAGGUGUGACGCAAUGGAGACAUCCGGGCCGCGACUGGACUUCGGCAGAUGCGACCAAGCUGGCCACGGAACUGGUGAAGAGUCGUGGUGAUGACCCGAAAGGCGACGAGAACUUGCAGGAGACCUCCCCCGAGCAUUCUGUGUACGAUGCACGGAGCCGUCAUGUGGAGCUGGAGACCCCUGACUCGCUGUUUUCCGCUACGGCGGGCAUCGUUCGCGAAGACAUCGUUGGCCGCGCCUUUGCCCUACGAGGCCUGCUGACGCCCGAGGAAGCUGCCACCUACGUGAAAUCAGCCCAGAAAGCCGGCUUUGGCCAAAGCGACGUGUCCCGGGAGUUCCCCCCGUCGCUGCGGAACAACUCACGGCUGAUCCAUUUUAGUGAUGCCCUGGCUCUGGCUUUGUACAGACGGCUGGUACCCCACCUUGCGCAUCGCGACGUGUAUCUUGUGCAGCCAAUGGGCUUUGGAGCUGAGGGCAGAUGGAAGCCAGUCGGCGUGAACCCAUGCUUUCGCAUCUCUCAGUACAAGGAGCGGGAGCACUUUGCCACUCACUGUGAUGGGAUGUAUGCCAACGACAAUGAUGAGUGCAGUAUCUACUCCCUGGUCCUCUACUUGAACGAGGACUACGAGGGUGGCGAGCUCGAGUUUACUGAGUCCGGCAAACGUUUCCGGCCGACUGCGGGCACGGCUGUGCUGCUGCCACACGACCUGUCACACGCUGGUCAGGAGGUCCUAAAAGGCACAAAGUACGUGGCCCGCAGCGAGCUCAUGUUCCGUUGUGUGGAUCGCCGCCCGCCGCCUGCCGUUCCACAGUAUGCUGAUGACCCCCUGUUCCAGCGCAUGGCGGCUCUCUACGAGCAGAUUGGGGACCUUGCUGCGAAAGGCGAUGCCCUGGCAACCACCGAGGCUUACCAGGAGGCGCUUGGAAUCCAGAUUGCGCACCAGGGCACUGACGUGAAGCAGCGCGACGCGCGACCCCUUCCCUUCGAGGACAAGGCGGUGGAGUACAUCUUGAGCUUUCUGGACCCCCUGGAGGUGGGCCGCAUCCUGACAGUGUGCAGGAGAUGGUGCAGUGUUUCAAUGGCAGGUGCCCUGUGGCAGGGCUUUUGCCGACAGCGAUGGCCCAAUGAAAGCGAGGUGCUCGAAGGAGCGGCAUAUGGCCUAGAGCCCGAGUUGAAGGAUUGGCUGGGCUUCUAUCGGAAGCAGCACAUACUUUCCACGAAAGCGCCGGUCAGCGUAAUCUUCUUCGCCUCGGCUCUGCAAAUCUGGGCGGAGAAGAGCGAGCAAACGGAGGUGAAGGCCGUGCCGGCUCUGUUCGCUCAUGACCUCGACGGUAUCGGAUGGGACUCUUCCUUCAAGCAGCGCGUCGGCUGGGAGGUUGGCACACAUCCCUGGUCCCGGAAGCGUUUCUGGCAUGGAAAUGCAGAGGCCCUAAAUGACGCGGGCAACCAGGACAAUAGAAAAGGAUAUCUCCAAGGCCGCGCAAGACACAACAAGGCGUUCGAGAUGCCAGGUUUCGGCCAGGUGGACUUUGAGGUCCUGUCAGAGGCAUUUGACUGGGCCUUCCGGAAGCUUGGAAUCAGGCCCAGCGACCACCACUUGGUGGUUCCCGUUCUGCCGAGCUUGUUCAAGCAGAGCAGCCGCUCGCGCCUUGCACAGAUCCUUUCCCGACGGUUCCAGGUUCCACGCCUGUCGAUGGUCGACGCGCCCCUGUGCGCGCUGCGCGCGCGGGAGCUGAAGACCGGUGCGGUCAUCUGGGGGGAGCAGCUGAGCAGGUCGACAAUCUUCUUCUACCUGGAUGGUGAAGAAUUGGCCACGUCUGAGGUCAAGGAUCUGGCCAGGCUCCUGACCCAGGCCACGGAGCUUCUGGGCCCACUGAUGGCGGCCGCUUUGUUGCAAGCGCGGGUGCUUGCAGAUGUGGUUCUGUCACCGCAGCUCUCCCUACAGGAGCCUGGAAUCGAGGGGAACUAG